UUAUAUUUUAUGAUAUAUUUUCUUCUACAUAUUACACUUUCUAAACUUCGGCCCCUCCGACGGUCAAAUCCUGGCUCCGCCCCUGGUCUCCGCCCUCUCCAACUUUGCAUCUGCCGUCAGCGUCUCCAGAUUUUGCCUUGCCGUCGUCAGAGUCAGACUCGUCCGAUUCGCCGUUGCAAUUAGGUUCCCUCUCUUUCGAUGACCUUGCUUCCGUAGCCUUCCCAGUCCUCACAUCACUCGUCGGCUUCCUGAUCCUGCGUCGUCGUCGCCCACGCCGAAGUCGUCGCAGCCUCAGUUCCCUUCUAAUGCGCCGAUCUCAUCAUCGUCGUACUCAUUAUAGUCCGCCCUAGAUCUUGUAAGUUUUGUGUCUGCAGUCAGACUCUUUUGGUCGGUGCCCUUUUAUGGCUUCAGUAUGUUACUCUUGUAUUGGUUUUAUUAUAGUAGUAGUGUUUUGGUUUGAGUUUAGGGGCAAUAGUGUCAUAUUGUAUUCUUUUUUGUAAGAUGUACUAGGGAUUAAACCCUAUAGUAUUGAUUAUAUUCGUGUUGUAGUGAUUCUUAAUUUGGUCCUUGUAUUAGUGAUUCAAAGUUUUUUGUGUUUUGAGUAGUGAUUUUGUGAUGGUGUGAUAGUCUUGGUGGAGCAGUUUGUGAGCCGAUCUCCUAAUGGUCUAUAUAAUAGAUGUUGUUGGUAUGAUUAUGUUCUAGUUUAGUAAUGAUUAUUUGUUCAGUAAACACUACUACAACGACAAGGAUUUCGAAAAAGAUUACCAGUAACACUACUAUAUUGUCCAAAGUACUGCCAUUACUUAGGUGCCAAAUAUACUACCGGAACCACUACUACAACUGAUACAAUUUCAAAAAUCCUACUAGUAUUCCUACUAGGGGUGGUAGACGGUAAUCCAGUAAACGAAUAUUCAUGGUUCGCGACCAAAGUAAAGAGUCUGGUCUCGCAUUAUAACUUUACUGCGACCGCAAGGUAAACAAAUAGUCGCAAAAUUGGCAUAUUCUAAUUGUAAAUGCCUGACCAUUCAACGACUGUGUAUGUAAAAUACGGUCGCCAAAAAUGUAUUCAGUACGAAACCAGUACUCAAUACAAAAGGAUUAUAAAUAUUGAAAUAGCUAGGCCGGGGCGGCAGGCAUCAUUGUCUUCAUCAAACACCCCCUUUAAUUCCUUGAGAAAUCAAUCAGCAGAAUGGCCGAUUCCACCAAUGACAGAAUUGUUCUUCCGGCCGCAAAAUGGAUAAUCAUGCCACACAAACGGGAAUAUUCUCUUCUGCCACCAAAGGCAUAAUGAAAAUAGUCCUCCCUAUAAAUUUGGCUGUUUCGCAUAGAGAGAGAGAGAGAGAGUCGGUAGUUGUGAUGGAGCGAGGAGCAAUAACAUCGCCGCCGGCACUAAUGAUGCUACAAGCUGUGACCGUCAUCAUCUUCAUGUUCCUGAUGACGAGGGACGACGUCAUGGGCGACACGGGUUCAUGCACAGGUGUCGAAAUCAGCGACGACGGGACCCACUCGGCGUACGUGGCACACGUGCUGUCGGAGCUGGCGACGGUUACGCCCACCAAACCUAGGCUUGAGGACAUCACAACAUUCCCCGGCAACGGCGCCAGUGGCUCCGUCGUCGGCGUGGCGACGUGCUCCGAUCCCAAUGACCCCGAGCUCUGCGCGAGCUGCCUGUCGGGCCUUGAGCACUUGAUUUUCGGUUCCUGCAGUAGCCGGGCCGGCGGCUACGUUGGAAAUGACUCCGACGCUUGCACCAUGGGUUUCGCAACGCCUUAACUAUCUACGUACGUACAAGCACGUAACUAUAUAUCUAGCUAGCUUCCAGUUCACAACCAUAUAUAUAUAUAUAUAUAGUUUGAGUGAUUGGAAGAGGUAAUUAAGCAAAUAAUAUAUAAUUCCAAUGUGUACUGAAAAAAAAUAUUGGAAUAUGAGAAUAAAUUUUUUUUUUCGUU